UUCGCCGAUACAAGAAGCGUCAGUACAAGCGCGGACGCAGUACGGGUCGCACGCGUACAUAAUAUUAUUCCGCUAAAUGAUGAUAUCAAAAAAUAUAUCAACGAACUAAAUAAUUUUGUGAAGUGUUUCGAUUUCAGUGUAUCAGUGGAUAGCAAGUGCACUGUAAGCUGGAACUUGUGUUAAGAUGAUUGCAAGGGCGUUACUAUUAGCGCUGUGGGGCACAUACGCUACCGCUUUGGCGUCACUGAGCAUUCCCGCAGACGACGACUGCGCCCUCUACCUCACCGGCCCCGGUCGCUCCUCCGCCUACGACUACAGCCUUAAUCUGCUCAAAGGAAACUUCGGUUACGAUGCUCAGCACAGAUGCAUUACUUACGAUGCCAUCAACCAGGCCUACCUCGAUGCCAGGAACAGGAUCCUGGUGGCUCAGCCGAAGGGAGACUGGAAACCGGAGGACUUCGCAAGUGUCGGCGAACUAGUGCUUGACAUAUCAAUACAAUUGGCUAGAACAUAUGGUCUGACUUACGAAGAGAUCGAGAAAGGUCUACCGCUGAUCGACACAUCGCGCACGCUCAUCCGUGAGGUGUGCCCGCCAGUCUUCUCUCAUGUGGAGUGUCGCGCCGGCAAGUACCGACGUCUUGACGGCCUGUGCAAUAACCUGCAGCAUCCCACUUGGGGGGCAACUAUGGCUCCCUUCCAAAGGUUGAUCGGUCCAUUGUUCUCUGACGGUAUAAACGCGCCGCGUAUCUCUCACUCGGGACGCGACCUGCCGCUGUCACGUGUGGUAUCACGCACGAUGCACCCCGACGAUGGCUUCCACGACCACGCCGGCACAGUCAUGGUCAUCGCCUGGGGACAGUUUAUGGACCACGAUUACACUCUCACCGGUACACCGCUCGACCCUGUUCACCGUAACGACCCCGAGGAAUGCUGCAAACGGCCCCUGCAUCUGAAGCACCCCUACUGUAAUGAAAUCAUUAUACCAGAUGACGAUUACUUCUACCGUCUCUUUGGUGUUAAGUGCAUUGACUUUGUACGCGGCUUCCCGUCCCCCAGACCCGGCUGUCGGCUUGGUUCGAGAAUUCCUUACAACACUUUGACCGGCGUGAUCGACGGAAACACCGUGUACGGUGUCACUGAUAAAUUUGCCAGGAAACUGCGAACCGGCUACGGAGGGCUUCUUCGCAUGAACCCAGUGUUCAAGGAAUACGGUCUCAAGGACUUAUUGCCGUUGAAGCUAGACAUUCCUGAUGAGGGAUGUACACGACCUAACAAGAAUAUGUACUGCUUUGAAGCUGGUGAAAUUCGUGUAAAUGAACAACUGGUGUUGACGGUAAUGCACACUUUGAUGGCGCGCGAACACAACCGCGUGGCUGAGGGCCUCGCCGCCGUCAACCCGCACUGGGACGACGAGACCCUCUUCCAGGAGGCCAGGAGGAUCAACAUCGCCGAAAUACAGCACAUCACAUACAACGAAUUUCUACCCAUCCUCUUAGGAAAAGAUGUUAUGGAAAAAUUCGGUUUGGUGUUAGAAAAACAGGGUUACUGGAAUGGGUAUGAUCCGGACGUAAACCCGGAUGUGAUCGCGUCUUUUGCUGCUGCCGCUUACCGUUUUGGACAUUCUCUUUUACCAACAGCCGUUGAAAGAUGGUCGAAGGCUCAUAAAUUUAUUGCUUCAAAACGAUUAUCCGAUCUUAUCAGAAGACCCUACGAUCUAUACAGAGCUGGAGUUCUCGAUGAAUAUGUUAUGGGAUUGAUGAACCAAGUGGCACAAGCUAUGGAUGACUCGAUCACACAAGAAGUAACAAACCAUCUCUUCAAGAAAGUGGGCGCUCGCUUCGGAAUGGACUUGGUGUCAUUUAACAUGCAGAGAGGUCGUGAGUUCGGUCUGCCCGGUUAUAUGGAGUUCAGAAAAUUCUGUGGUCUUUCUGGUGCUGACACAUUCGACGAAUUGUUUGGAUCUAUGCCUAACGAGACCGUACGCAAAUAUGAAACUAUAUUCGAGCAUCCGAUCGACGUAGAUCUGUGGUCAGGCGGAGUUUCCGAACGACCUCUCCCAGGAUCUAUGUUAGGUCCAACAUUUGCGUGUAUUAUCGCUACUCAAUUUUCUUACUCUAGACGUGGUGACAGAUUCUGGUUUGAAUUACCAAACCAGCCUUCAUCGUUUACUCCCGAACAACUGUCGGAAAUAAGGAAAUCUCGGCUCGCUCGUGUUAUCUGUGACAAUACUGACAUCAUUGACACUGUUCAGCUCUACCCAAUGGUCUUACCCGAUCACGAACUAAACCCUCGUGUUCCGUGCAGAAGUGGUAUUUUACCACAAAUGGACUUUAGUAAAUGGGCGGACCCAAUUCCGUUCCACGGCUCGGCAAAACAGUUUGUGAGUAGUUUCACGUAUAACCCGUUUUUGGGUAAAAAGUAGUGACACCUGCACCUAAGUAUUUGGUAAAAAAUUAAUAGUCAAUAGUCAUACACGUAGUUCACCGUAUUAAAAAUAAAGGUAAAGACAAUUUUUUUAACGAGGCGAGUAACUUUUUCUGAGUAAGUUGAAGCUGAGUCAAUAAAAUGACUCAAUAGUUUAAUUCAAUAAUUUAAAUUUAAUUUACGAAUAAAUAAUAAGAUUGUUCUACACAUUUUAUAAAUUUUGUAAAAAUUAAAUAAUGUCACUUUACUCAAGUUGUAAUGAAAGAAGCGGGGAGUGCAAAUAUAACUAUUUUAUUUGCCU